AGCCUACCCUAAUUCACAAGGAAGAACUUCUACAACAAAAUCUCAAAUCCAUCAAUCAAUCUCGAUCCGAUCAAACAUUGAAUCCAUACAAUCAACAUUCAACACAAAAUCUAUAUUCAUUUCAACCUGUUACAUGCUUUUUGCUUGUGUAAUUCAAAACCCUAAAAUCGCACAAUUUACAAUCAUUUCCCCCAAUUUAACCACCACCGAUCGCCGAUUCUUCUCGAAUAUUAUCCAAUUUGUAUGAUCGAUUAAUUUAUAAUCGUACCGGCUAAAACCCUAGGUUUGCACACCGAUACUUUUUAGGGUUUUGUUUGCGAUGGAUUCGGAAGAUGAUAUGCAUGAUGCGAACGAUGUGGAUUAUUAUGAGGAGGAUUAUUAUAGCGGUGAUGCGAUGUAUAGUGAUGAGGAUGGUGAUGAUGGUUAUGAGUAUUUGCAGAAUGAUGAUGAGGAUGAUGAGGUGUUGGUUAGUCGGCAACAGAAAAAUUAUACCAUCUUGAAAGAAGAUGAUAUCCGCCAACGUCAAGAAGAUGAUAUCACUAGAAUCUGUUCAGUUCUAUCAGUUUCAAGAGAUUACGCGUGCAUGCUUUUGCGCCCGUAUAAUUGGAAUGUUAGCAAUGUUCACGAAGCAUGGUUUGCUAAUGAAGAUAAAGUUCGAAAAGCUGUUGGUUUGUUGGACAAGACAGAUACUAAGCUACCAAAAGGGGGAGAGCUGCCUUGUGGGAUCUGCUUUGAAUCAUAUUCACUUGAUAAGAUCAGCACCGCUGCUUGUGGCCACCCUUUUUGUAAUACAUGCUGGACAGCCUACAUUAGCACAUCUAUCAAUGAUGGUCCUGGAUGUUUGACAUUAAGAUGUCCCAUUCCGUCGUGUGGUGCUGCUGUCGGUGUGGACAUGGUCAACAAGUUGACUUCAGAUGAAGAUAAGACGAAAUAUCGGCGUUACCUUCUUAGAUCUUAUAUUGAGGACAAUAGAAAGACGAAGUGGUGCCCCGCUCCUGGUUGUGACUGUGCCAUUGAGUUUGAUCUUGGAAGUGGAAGCUAUGAUGUAACGUGCCAUUGCUCAUACAGCUUUUGUUGGAAUUGUACAGAAGAAGCUCAUCGCCCUGUGGACUGUGAAACCGUGUCGAAGUGGAUAAUGAAAAACAGUGCAGAAUCUGAAAACAUGAACUGGAUUCUAGCUAAUUCUAAGCCUUGUCCGAAGUGUAAACGUCCAAUUGAGAAGAAUCAAGGUUGUAUGCACAUGACUUGCAAUCCCCCUUGCAAAUAUGAAUUUUGCUGGUUGUGCCUUGGGCAAUGGUCGGAUCAUGGAGAGAGAACCGGUGGCUUUUAUGCUUGCAAUCGUUACGAGUCUGCAAAGCAAGAGGGAGCUUAUGAUGAAUCCGAACGUCGAAGAGAGAUGGCAAAGAAUUCUCUAGAGCGAUACACUCACUAUUAUGAACGCUGGGCUACAAACCAAUCGUCGAGGCAAAAAGCGCUUGCGGACUUGAAUCAGAUGCAAACAGUUCAUCUUGCAAAACUUAGUGAGAAGCAGUGCCAACCUGAGACACAAUUGAAAUUCAUUAUAGAAGCUUGGUUGCAGAUAGUUGAAUGCAGGCGAGUAUUAAAGUGGACCUACGCGUACGGGUAUUACCUACCUGAGCAAGAACAUGCAAAGAGACAGUUUUUCGAGUACUUACAAGGUGAAGCAGAGGCUGGUUUAGAAAGGCUUCAUCAAUGUGCAGAGAAGGAAUUAAAUACGUACCUCAACGAAGAUGGCUCUAAAGACGAGUUUAAUAAUUUCAGAACAAAGCUAGCUGGUUUAACUAGUGUCACAAAAAACUACUUUGAAAACUUAGUCAGAGCACUAGAAAACGGUCUAGCAGACGUGGAUGCACACGGAGCAUCUAGCAAAACAAGUAGUUCAAAGAACGCUGCAGGAACAAGCAAGACAAAAGGAACAAAGGGAAAAGGGUCAAGCAGGGGUGGGGCCACAAGCCGAACCGACGAUUCAACUGGGUGGUCAUGUGAACAAUGCACGUAUAUGAAUCCUAAGAACGUCACUUCUUGCCAGAUGUGCCACAACAAUCGGUGAUAACUGAUAACGGCUCAAUAAUCAUCUGCGGUUGGUUGAAGUUGACUACAUCUUGAAGCAGAUAUCAAGGGUCUGGUUUGUUUGAAGGUGCUGGGUGUAUAUAGAUGUUGUGGUUAGAUGCAUGGUGCAUGGUGGUUUGUUUUGGUGACUGUUUCGUGGUUAAAGAUGUAGAUUGACCAUUGUUCUUUUGAAUUGAAGUGAUUGUGGAUUAUUUAUGCAACUUAAAGUGGGGUUUGUUGUUAGUUUAUAGAAAAACUUGUUUAUAAUGCUCA